UUAUAGACCGAAUUUUAAAAAUGAUCCACACUGGUCUAGAUAUUUUUCAUUUUCUACAUACAAUAAUUUUCUGACAGAAUUCUACCUAAUUUUCUAGACCAAUCUGAACAACUUAAUGUCUGCGCGGAGAAUUGAAGAAAUGUAUCAAAUAUGCCUUGGAAUUUGUGUGAUUUUGUCCCUCUUCGUUGGGGGCUUUGCAAAUAAUGUCUACCAAAAAGGACAGACAGUAACAGUCAAUUGUGACCCCAAACAGUCCGGCGCCAUUACAUUCUGGUUUCAGAUAAAUACAAGUGGUGCAAAGUAUUUGUUCACUGUUAAAGGCAAAGAUGAAAAGGCUAGAGCUGACGACCUAAAAUACACAGUGAACAAAAAUGGUGAUAAAGUUAGUUUGACCAUUCAGUCUUUCGAGAAAAAGACAGACAGUGGUACGUACACCUGCGCAGCCAUGAACAGCAAUAAACUCUUCUUUGGAGAGCUGACAGAAGUUAGAGGAGAACCAGAUCCAACAACAGCUCCAAAAACUGCUGUAACACCACCAAAAAAUACACCACUGUUGACUACGACAAAAGCACAGUGUAACUGUCCAAAUAAAGGCCCAAAACCCAGCAUCAACUGUGAGAUUUGGAUAUUGUCAUCUUUGGCCUCUGGUUGUGUUGUUCUUCUUAUUCUGCUGAUCUUCACAAUUUUGUACUGCAACCGUUUAAGAACAAGACGAUGUCCCCACCAUUACAAAAGACAACAGAGACCUGCUGGCCAUGCAAAACUGCCCAACAACCACCUCUAGCUUAAGUAAAGAUACAGGAAAGUCCAGUAGUGGUUAAAGAUGUCUUUGAUUUAAUAUCUUCACAAUAAGCGAUUUGAAAAGCAGUUUCUUCAUUCAUGAUUAUUCAGACUUUGUUUUUGUAUCGGUUACAUUGACAGACUGUUUUUCUUUCCAGGGUUUUUGAUCUUAAUCUGUUUCUAGUGAAAUGCUGCAUGUUUUGCUUUAAUGUAGACUUAUUAAAUAGGGCCUAUUAUGAUUGAUGUAAAAUAAUCAAAAAUGUAUUUUAAGCUUUAAAUUAAAACACCUUCAGUGUCACGUUGCAUUGUAGUCUGUUUAAAAGAGAAAUCUGCCAUCUGUUGGCUGUCAGUGAUAGGAAAAACCUCAACAUAACACAAACUUGCUGUGUGGCAGAGCACCACCAUGUGGACAAUAAGUGUAAUAUGGAAUUGUGCAUGUUGUAUGACUCCUCAGCAGUGUGUAAACGCAAACAAUGUGCUCAAACUAUGAAGACAGUCCGUCAGAUCAGUUAAUAGGAACAAAUAGCCGAUGGAAUGGUUACUGUAUGGGGUUUUUACUGUAGUUUGACUUUGUUUCUCUCUGCCGCCGUUCAGCUAAAGCCACUGUAUAAAUAGCGUAUCUGAAAAUGUUAAAGUCUUAGUGAUACUUCUUGAUGUUUGUAUCCUGAAAAUGAAUGUUCAGCUUUACAUAAUGCCCAACAACGUGUGUACCGACUCUUACCUUUGGUUUGCUUUAGGAAUCAGACCUGAUGCCUGUAAAUACAGACAAAUAAUGAAAUAAACACUGUACUUAUAAAGACUUUA